UCCCAAAAAAAAAACAAAAAACCCAUCUUCUAAUCUUUUCUUUUUGCUCUUAUUCACUAUUCUUUAAUUUUGUUUCUCAAAAGGGUGAAGAUGGGUUCUAUCUUUUUUUGCUUUCAUCCAUUAAUACAUACUUCUAAGCUUGAUUCCUCAAAGACCCAUGUUUUUUUUAGCUCCUCUUUGAGUUCAACUCUAAAGAACCAAUCUUCAUUGAAAUACACAUCAAGAACUCAGUUUGUUUGUUCUUCUACCUCCAAGGAUGGCUCUGAAUCUUCUGGUGAUAAUAAUACAAGUAAUUUCUGCAUCAUUGAAGGACCGGAGACCGUACAAGAUUUUGGUCAGAUGCAGUUUCAAGAAAUCCAAGAUAACAUAAGGAGCAGGCGCAAUAAAAUCUUCCUCCUCAUGGAAGAAGUACGUAGGCUAAGAAUACAACAAAGGUUAAAGAACUCUAACACUAGAGGUGAGACUGGUGAAGAUGAAAAUGAGAUGCCAGAUAUCCCAUCAACGAUACCGUUUCUUCCUAACAUGACUCCAAAGACACUGAAGCAGCUUUAUCUAACAAGCUUUUCAUUUAUAGCUGGGAUUAUGGUCUUCGGUGGAUUACUUGCCCCAAUACUUGAGCUGAAAUUAGGUUUAGGAGGCACCUCAUACGAAGAUUUCAUACGGAACAUGCAUUUGCCUAUGCAAUUGAGCCAGGUCGACCCCAUAGUGGCAUCUUUUUCAGGUGGGGCAGUGGGAGUCAUCUCAGCCCUCAUGCUAAUAGAAGCUAACAAUGUAGUCCAACAAGAGAAGAAAAAGUGCAAAUAUUGCUAUGGAAGUGGGUACUUGGCAUGUGCACGCUGUUCAGCAAGCGGUAAAUGCCUUUAUACUGAACCGAUUUCAGUGAAUGGUUCUUAUCAAUCGUUGCGUGCACCAACUCUUAAAAGAUGUGCAAAUUGCUCUGGGACUGGAAAGGUAAUGUGUCCUACAUGUUUGUGCACUGGGAUGGUGAUGGCAAGUGAACAUGACCUUCGAAUAGAUCCAUUUGAUUAGAACAAAUUCUCAUUUUGUAACUUAUAUUCAGACAAAAAAUAAUUUGUCAUUUUGCUUUGUUAUAAGCAUAGUUAUAUAUAGUAUAUCCUUGUUAAGGCCAGACCCUUUGGUUAUGAAGAUGUUAACUCCUCAUCUAUCUAAUAGUAUCUAAUAGUGACGGAGUUAGAAAUUUUGUUAAGCGUACGUGUUCAAGAAUUAAUAUAUAUGUAUGAAAAAGAAUUUUCGAUCUA